CUGCCGCUUCCGUUUACUCUGAUAUCAGGAAGCAGGAGCAGCAGCAGUAAACAUGGAGAGAGACUCUACGGUCCGCAGAAUCAGAGCCCAGCAGAACCAGCAGAAGCAGCAGGACUGUAGCGAUGAAGCGGUCGCGCUGAACGGGCUCCGGAGGCGCAAACACAAGCCGGAAGCGAGCGCUGGGCUGCUGGGCGAGAGUUCCGCUGUGCUGCUGCUGCUCGGGUUCGUGUGUCUGCUGUGGCUCCUGGUUCUGCUUUCUCUGCGGCAGCUCGUCAUCAGCAGCCCGGGACUCUUCAACGCGCUCCGGGCCAGGAAGCAUUUGGAGCGGAUCACCAGCUUCGGGCCGCGGACCGUCGGAAGUCCAGAGAACGAGAUCACGACGGUGAACUACCUGCUGGAUCAGAUCGAGCAGAUCCGGACUGAGAGCAAAACCGGUCCUCACUCCAUCAGCGUAGACGUCCAGCGGCCCACUGGAUCCUUCAGCAUCGACUUCCUCGGCGGCUUCACCAGCUAUUACGACCGUGUGACCAACAUCGCGGUCAAACUAGAGCCGAAAACCACGGCGCAGCACUUCAUGCUCGCAAACUGCCACUUUGACUCGGUGGCAAACAGUCUGGGAGCCAGCGAUGACGCCGUCAGCUGCUCUGUGAUGUUGGAGGUUUUACAUUCUCUGGCGAAUCUCUCCACGCCGCUCAAACACGGCAUCAUCUUCCUGUUUAACGGAGCCGAGGAGAACAUCCUGCAGGCCAGUCACGGCUUCAUUACCCAGCAUCCCUGGGCUCAGCAGGUGCGAGCGUUUGUGAACCUGGAGGCGGCAGGAGUGGGGGGGAAAGAGGUGGUGUUUCAGACAGGUCCGGAGAACCCGUGGCUGGUCCAGGCGUACGUCCGAGCCGCUGUCCAUCCGUUUGCAUCAGUGGUCGGUCAGGAGGUCUUCCAGAGCGGCGUCAUUCCCUCGGAUACAGACUUCCGCAUCUACAGGGACUUCGGAAAAAUUCCUGGGAUUGAUCUGGCGUUCAUAGAGAACGGUUUCAUCUAUCACACUAAAUAUGACACUCCGGAGCGGAUCCACACCGACUCCAUCCAGAGAGCAGGUGACAACAUCCUGUCUGUGCUCAAACACCUGGUGAUGUCAGAUGAGCUGGCGGACUCGUCAGCAUAUCGUCAUGGUAACAUGGUGUUCUUUGAUCUGUUGGGCGUUACCGUGGUCGCGUAUCCCGCACGCGUCGGCACCAUCAUCAACUACAUGGCUGCCGUCGCCACGGUGAUCUACCUGGGCAAGAAGAGCAUGUUAACUAGCAAUGCAGGCGGCCGCUACAUGCGUGAUCUGGCGUGUGCGGCGUGUGUGGCUGUGUUGAGCUGGUUCGUGACUCUGCUGACGGUUCUGAUCGUGGCUCUGCUCGUGACGCUCGCGGGACGCUCCAUGUUCUGGUACACUCACUUCUACGCCGCCGUCUGUCUGUACGGAUCCGCCGCCGUCGGCAAGAUCCUGCUGAUCCACACGCUGGCCAGGAACCUGUACUACGGGGGUGUGAGUGGCGUGGAUCUGUCGGAGCGCUUCUUCGACGUCAGUCUGCUGUUGUGGUGCUGUGCGCUGCUCUUCCUCACUCAGCGUGGCUUGUGUUCGGCGUAUGUGCCCAUGAUGAUGGUCGUCUUUCCUCUCGCCAGCAAACUGCUGCUCACCAAACACUUCAGAGCCAGAGGAGCGUCUCUGCAGUACUGCGUCCUGUACCUGACGGGUCUCGCCGUGCCCUACGUCCACAUCAUGUUCCUCAUCUGGGUGGUGUUUGAGAUCUUCACACCCAUCCUGGGCCGCAGCGGAACCGAGAUCCCGCCCGACGUCGUCCUGGCAUCACUCGUUACCCUGGCAACCAUCAUUCUGUCUUCAUAUUUUAUGCACUUCAUCUAUCUGAGCUGCAGUACGAGGCGGAUCUUGGCUGGUCUGGGAUCAGUGUUUGUGCUGAUGUUUGUUCUGGUCUGCUGUGGUCUGUUCUUCCCGUAUUCUGCUGACCCGUCCAGCCCACGACCCAAACGCAUCUUCGUCCAGCACAGCACACGCGUGCUGCACGCUCUGGACGGGACGGUGGAGCGCUCUGACUCCGGGUUAUGGAUCAACAGUCUGGAUUACAGCGGCAUGCAGCACAUCACGCCUCACAUCCCGCAGAUCAACGACAGCAUCCGCACACGCUGCUCCGAGCAGCUGCCCUACUGCGGCUUCCCAUGGUUCCUGCCGGUCAAGUUCCUGGUCAAGAAGAGCUGGUAUCUUCCUGCUCCCGAAGUCUCUCCUGAAGCUCCGCUGCAGUUCCGGCUCUUAUCCAGACAGGACACUGAGUGGGGAACCAUUAAAAUGAGCUUCGAGGCCAAAGGUCCGAGUCACAUGUCUCUGUAUCUGCGUCCUCACGCCGGCGCGUCUCUGGUGGGCUGGUCGUUCGGGGACGGGACGCCGCGGUUCGAUCUGAGCGGAGAGUAUUUCGUCUUCUACUCUCACGGCCUCGACGCUCCGGCCUGGAGCUUCUGGUUUGAGAUCCAGCCGCCCGAAUCCUCAGACGCGCCUCCUGACCAGGGGCUGAUCUCUCUGGCCGUCUCGUCUCAUUACUUCUUCGGUCCAGACCGGCGCUCGGAGCCGCUGGAGGCUUUACUGAAGAGAUUCCCGGCCUGGGCCUUUCCAUCGUCCUGGGUCAGCACCUAUCACAUGUACAGAUACUGAGGGACGCAAGCGGACCCCCGUCUCACACACACACACACACACACACAGAGAGAGAGAGAGAGACCCCCUCAAUCAGUGCACACCCAUAAACUCCACACCAGCUCCUUCAUUCACAACAACUAACUGACAUUUCAUUUCAUUUUAGUAUUUCAUUUCAUUUCAUUUUAUUUAAAUAAAAAUACAAUAUUUUUAUUUUAUUUUAUUUUAUUAGUUUAGUUGUAUAGUUUACUUUAGUUUAUCUCAUUUAUAUUUUACUUUUUAAUUUUUUAUUUUAUUUAUUUUAUUUUUUUCUGGGUCAUGUUUCAACACAAAAUUGAAGUAUUAAAUGAUAUUUUGCAUUAAGAAAAUCAAGCCUACCUUUUACAGUGUGACAUUAUUUUUUAUGACAGUUAAACACGUUUUACCCCAAAAUCUCAUGAGAAAUUUUCUUUUAAUUAUUUAAUUAUUUUAUAGUUCUCAUUGUUUCCAUGAGAAAUUGAGACACAAUGAUU